AUGGAACGAGCCCAUCCCAGUACGGCUCGCUGGCUGAUGCUGGGCCAGCAAGACUGUCUCGGGGUCUCGGGACAGAAAGCCUCAUUGCCUCGCCGCGGAUGGCUGCGGAUUACCCGGGACAACCCGCCGAAAACUCACCGGCUGCAAUCCAGCGAUGGCCGCAAAAGGAAAGAGAUCUACAUGCGACUUCCGGUUCUAUCAUCCCUCACAUGGACGGUCGGAAAUAGAUCUCGGCUCCCUGAUGAUGCCAAGGUGCUGGUUCAGAUCACGCUUAAAGAAACAGACACGGGGCUCCUCACUGCUGCGGCUGCGCCUCCUUGUUCCCAGCGUCGCCACUGCCACCAUGCCUGGAACUUUGAGGCCAAUACCACCAUCAGCCACAUCCGCUUCCACGAUUUCCUAGGAGAUUCAUGGGGCAUUCUCUUUUCCCACCCACGGGACUUUACCCCAGUGUGCACCACAGAACUUGGCAGAGCUGCAAAGCUGGCGCCAGAGUUCGCCAAGAGGAAUGUUAAGUUGAUUGCUCUUUCAAUAGACUGUGUUGAGGACCAUUUUGCCUGGAGCAAGAACAACAAUGCUUACAAUGCAGCACCCACAGAAAAGCUACCAUUUCCCAUCAUCGACGAUAAGGACAGGGACCUUGCCAUCCUGUUGGGCAUAUUGGAUCCAUCAGAGAAGGAUGAAAAAGGCAUGCCCCUGACAGCCCGUGUGGUAUUCAUUUUUGGCCCUGACAAAAAACUAAAGCUGUCUAUCUUCUACCCAGCCACCACGGGCAGGAACUUUGAUGAGAUUCUCAGACUGGUUGACUCCCUCCAGCUGACAGCAUCAAAUCCAGUUGCCACUCCAGUUGAUUGGAAGAAGGGAGAGAGUGUGAUGGUCCUUCCCACCCUCCCUGAAGAGGAAGCCAAACGACUUUUCCUAAAGGAGUCUUCACCAAAGAGCUCCCAUCUUGGCAAGAAAUACCUCCGUUAUACACACCCCAGCCUUAAGUCUUUGUGGGAAUUGGGGCUGUCACUGCUCGCCCAGCACUGGGACCUGAGGAUGAUAGCUGACAGCCGUGGGUUCUUGCAGUUCCGUAGAAAGAUUGUGGCAUGGUCACAGCGGAAGUCAUGUAGGUCUCUCGCUAUACUACUGGCUCAUUAA